AUGGCAGACUGUGGAAUUUCUGGAAGUGAUAUCAUGUGUGAAUCAACCACCGCUGCGUCGAGUGGAUCUCUUCUUUAUGCUGUCCCCGAUGACAUAAUGCAAACGAUUUUGCAACAUCUGAGGGCGUCUGACCUGUGUCACGUGGCAUCAUGCUGCCGUUGGCUACGCGAUGCAACCAAUCAGGAUUCACUCUGGCGCCCUCUUUGUCAAAGCAGAGGAUGGGAGCACUAUGGCACCACCACAGACCUGGCCAAGAUAGCCUCUUACGGACCUUCCGAGCAGCAAGCAACUGGCGCUAAUGAAGCAAGUCACUGCAGCGUGACCUUCCAGAAUGAUAGGAUCGUGACUGAUGACAACACAGCGGGUUUAACCAGCACUUGCAGGUGGAAAGGCGUCUACAUGCGAGCUGACCAUCUAGAUAAGAACUGGGCUACAAAUCGGUUUCAUUUCAAGCAAAUCCCGUUUGAUGAGGAAAAAGGCCGCUGUCCUGAUUCCAACACAGUUUUUGUCGACGGGGAUCUUCUGGCAAUAUACACAUUUUGCAAAACAAUCCAGGUCUUUGACAUUCGGAAGGAGAACCUUCAGUGUGUUAUUCCUUUCAUCAAAUCAGCGGGCGAAAUCAAGUUUAAAGAUGGCGUAAUUGUGGUGCCUUGUUUUGAUGGGAUGGCCUAUGCCUGCAAUGCAAGGACAGGGCAAACGUUACAAACGAUGGAGGGAAACUGGGGACGUAGCAUCGUUUCACUGUUCUUUGAUGGUGAACUGGUCAUUACACGUGUGCCUCGUUGUGAUUGGAUAAACAGCAAGAAGUUUCGUGACAUUAACGUGUGGUGUGUCAAAGACGGCCAACUUAAAUGCAUACUAACAGCGGACCCUACAGACGGUGACUACGUUUGUUAUAACAUGGACUAUCGGGACAAAAUAGUAGCGGCUGCCUACGAUGAUGACUACAUUCGCGUGUGGGAUGCAAAGAGCGGAAAGUGUUUGCAUAAACUGAAAUGUCCAGGGAAAUACUCAGACGUCAAACUUGGUGAUAAUGUUAUCGUUGGUUUCAGCACGAAAGACGACACUUGCGUUAGUAUUUGGAGCCAGAACACGGGAGAGUGCCAACAGGUGAUACCCCUCGCGAAUACGUACUGUCACCCUCAGGUCGUGAACAAUUUGAUACUACUGGAGCCUUUAACCGAACUGGAGUACCAGCAUAUCGGUAUUUACCUCUCGGUGCAUCCUGUGAAAGCUUACAAUCUGCGUGGAAAAUUGGUAACGGAAGUGUGGCGUAAAGUCUUUGAAGUGACGGGAAACGGAAGCAAGCACCCCUUCUAUCUGACUGAUCAGCCGGUGGAGGGGCGCUUAAGAUCUUCGAAAGGUGUCAUCUGCAAUGCCACUCCAAAUGGCUUGGUACCACUAUGUAAUGCUUGUGCUACCAAUAUGAUCUGGAUUGACGAUAUCAGAAUGGUCAGCUAUGACGAUGAAGAACGAAGACUUAUUUUCCAUCAUUACUGGUGA